AUGAGGCGGCUUAUUUUUGUAGUGAUUUAUUUUGUAUUUUCUUUUUACCAGGUAAGAUACUCCUUAAUUAUCAUUUAGCAGUACAUUAUUGCAAUUAGUGAAAAUUACCUAAGGCUAUGAAGAGCAUCUCUAGCCUUCGAAAUGUUGUGUCCCCACAGGCACAUCCCAAUGAUGCGAUUUAACAAACGUGAUGUCUAAGUCUAUUUGAAACCUAAAUACAUCUCUAAAUAUUUCGGAUUUCAGUGUAGUGUAAUGACUAUUGGGUGAACCAAUCAAGCGCAGUAUACCUUCAAUGUGAAAAUUCUGUUCUGAAUCAAUAUAGAUAAAACAAAACUCGAGUACAGCACCGAACGGAUGUUAAGGGGAAAAAAGGGCGCGUCAGAUUCUACUUAUCUAUUCCAUUUCUUACCUUCUUGAAUUAUUUUAGCCGACAAUUUCUUUGAAGCCAGAAUUGCAUGCGACGCUUUCAAACAGUGAAAUGAGGACAUAUUUACAGGCGGAUUCCCACGAAGAAGGUGAGAGCCUGAAAACAAAAAAAAGCGGGAUCUGAAAAAUAAUAAAGAUUUAGCAUCACUGUGUCGGUUAACGGCACACGCUGGAAUGAAAUUGGCUAUUUCUCAGACUGGGAAGGGUGAGCAGAUGAAACUGAACGAGAAAAAUUCUUCUGACAUGAAAGUACUUAUUUUGUGUAAAACAAAGGAAGAUUAACGAUCACGUGAUACAACGGUUACUUUUGUCGUUUUCGUGAGAUCUCUGUGUUGUCGCGGUCACAUCACUGCUGAUUCCGUGGCAAAAUUUUGCUUCAAAAACAAAAAAGUUAUAAACUUUAAAUCACGUUUUAUGUUUAUAAUGUGCGAUGCACACUUUUGCGUCGAGAGAUGGGGGGAGUGAGAGUAAGAGACGAGGUGAGGCAGAAUGACCAACGAGGCAUGACUCAAUCAAAGUCCUCCUACAUGCUAAACCACAUUGUUUAAGUUUAUGGAUUUCAUCAACUACAAAUACAUAAAACAUCAUUCUAUUUUUGCGAUCUUUUAGUUCCAGAGUACGACGUGAUUAAAGUCAGUCGUCAAAGGAACAAAAGGAGCGACCGGCCCAGCCAGAAGAGAUUUAGCUUGUCAGCUUUUGGGAAAGAUAUAGAACUACUGGUAGAACCAAAUAACGAUGUCGUUGAUACUGACCAAGGAUUAUCUGUUGAGAGGAGGACAGUCGGAGGAACGCUCGAAAAGGAAAUUCAUUUUCCCAAGGGAAGAUUUUAUGUCGGUCAUAUAGCUUCUGAUCCCAAUGCCCAUGUAGCCGUGCGGGAAAUCGACGAAGAAAAAGGACACUUGGUAAGGAAAAUAAGUAGUAUUACUAUGGCAACAAUUGCAACAAAUUCAACGCCUCUAGUCGAAGACUUGGACGCCUUCUCCAUUAUGUUGUACGCUUACUCUGAAACUAUCAUAUCAUUAAAGCAUUUUUGAAAUCAUUCAGUGAUUUAUCGCCACGUCAAUCAUCUGUCGAGAGCUUUUGUCUUUUCCACUAUGGACCAUGGUUUUGGUUUUGUUCCUUUCUCGGACUUGCGUGUGAUUUUCUAAGAAUUUCACCAAAAGUAUACGGAAGUUUACAACUUUCAAUUUUCUUGUAAGAACCAAAAAGAAUACAAAGGGUAUCUGAGGUGUUUUCCAGCUGCUCAUGGUCAUUGCGAGGUUAAUGACCAGACUGGUGGACGUGACCAGCUUUCGAUGCGGGCUGUUGUUUUCCCUACUUCAGCGUUAUAUCCACCUUAAAUUAAAAAGUUAGCUGUUUUUACAGCACUAUCCACCUAAUACUUUUUCUCUUUCAGAGUGGUGCUUUUAUGAGUGACAGGCGUUUUUACCAAAUUGAACCACUGCCAGAUCAUCUUCAACAACGCACUGCUCUGCAAGAGACUGGGCACCAUGUAAUAACUAGGAGAAGUGUGAAUAGCUUUAUGAAAGAACGAAUCAAGUCCGUUCCGGUUAAAGGUAUAAUCUUAGGCUGCUUGGAAAAAUGAAAUGAUCGAUGUAAUUAAGUGUGUUUCCUGUAGUUAUCUGUAGUAUUUCAUUACUUCAUGCUUUUUCACUCUUUGCCAUGUUUUGUUUCUUUGUUUACUAUCUCUAGUUCCAGGAUUUGAACAUCGUUACAAAAGAAGCGUCGAUAAAAUAAAACUAGACGAUGACUAUAGUCAAGAUAGCGUCUACAACGGAACUGUUUACAUUGAAGCUAUGUUGACAGCGGACAUAACAACCUGUCAUUAUUAUGGCAACGGGACCCUCGAUUACCUCCUUAACACGGCAAAUCUGGUUAGAAACAAAGAAAUUCAUUUCCUUCAGUUAUAGCGUUCUUUACCAUACAUAUGUGGUUUGAAUUUUGGGUCAACGUCAAAACGAUUUGCGUUCAUGUCAAAACCGUUGCACUAAAAUAACCAAAGUUUCAGGUGACUGAUCUAGUCCCUAAGUUGUGGCAGUUGAUCAAUUAAGUUGGAACUGCUUGGAACGCGGUUUUGUUUAACACCUUCUAAACUACUAGCAGGCCUUUGGUGUUCAACGAUAUCUUAGUCACUAACACUAAUAAGGAUCGAAGUUAUGGAAACCGAGAGUUGAAGCGAGGUUGUCCGCCAAGAAUUUAGACAGCCUGCUAACAAUAAUGGCUGGCUUUUCCGUCAAGAAAGUUUGAAGCCUAGACUAGGGGGCUCAUUUAUCAACUUAAAACAAACUUCCUUUAAACACUCAGAUUAGGUGUUUCACUGAGCGCAGUCUUAACUUAGACUUUGUUGUAAAAAAAACUGCUCAUCUGACAUUCUUACUUUCUCGUAAUUUUCUUUAGGUGAGCAGGCUCUACAAGGAUAAAUCACUGGGAAUGAAUGUAUCAUGGGUACUGGUCAAAGUUUUCCUCUUGGAAGGAUUUGAUGUAAGUUAAGUGACACGAGAUACUUUCCAUGCAAAAAGAAGAAAAAAUGUCAUUAUUAAAGUCAAAUGAGGGAAUGUCAACUUUUCAGACUCGUUGGAUAGGACAGCAGGCAAAACAAAACGAAAAGUUUGCUGUGAUCAGUUGUCUUAAAAGGCUGAUGAUCCUAAACCCGGGGUUAACUUUUAAUCCAGGUUUCCGCGUUUUUGACAUUAUUAACAAAAUGAAUUAGACAUCGGUGACAUGGCCCCUUUACGUGUAAAUUCAUGUAUGGUUGUUUCGUCCUCAGCCGGACAUGGAUCUUACAGCGAACCAAGUUACGUCAGCGGGAAGGUAUAUUGGAAAAUUCAGACUAUGGAGCCAAAAAAAGAAUACACCAGACGGAACAGAGGGACAUUUUGAUCAAGCCGCUUUGCUAACAAGGUAAGAUAUCGUUCCUUAUUUGACCGUCACUUGUCAGUUCAAAGUUGUUUGCAUGACUUCUUAAUAUUAUUAAGCCCUUAAAUUGCUUCAUGCUCUUGAUGUUAUUGAAUUUUUUAGGAGAAUCUGUGGCCUAAGUAACUGCUACAUGGAUGGUAAGGGCCCAGAACGACUAGAUAAUCAGCCAGAAAGUAAUACUCCUUUUAUUCGUAAACUUACAGUUUGUUACAUAAUUUUCUGGUAAUUAUUAAUAUAUAGAUUUGCACAUCUCUGAGUCAGUCUCUUUGGUUAAAAUAUUUAUCAUGAUUUAACUGUAACUCAGAUAUAAGCGGGAUCUUGCGUGGCUAUACACUAAGUUCUAGUCUGCUACACAGCCGCUCUUUGUGCCGUCACGUCACGCAACGCUCCUCCCUUGUUGGGGAGGAGCAUUGCGUGACGGGACAAAAACGGGUGCAUGGGAGACUAAACAGGUUCUUAUAUUUUGGGGAAUUAAAGAGGCAAAUUUGUGCUAGCAGUUUUUUAGACAACUAGGUUCUAAAGAGCGUGUUUUUACUGUAUUCCACCUCUAUUUUUCCCGUUAGGUCUCGCCUACUUUGACACACCGUGCAGUUCUAAGUAUGGAGUGAGCGUGAAUGAGGCGCGCGGUUUAACUGCAGCGUUCACAGUGGCACAUGAAAUGGGACACAAGUAAGCCGCUUAUUUGAAAAUUUAAGUUCAUUUUUGUCUUUUAGAAGUGAUGGUGGAAUCCGCAACCUUUUCACUAAACUUAUCAGCCCUAAAUUGAGGACACUUUCGUUUAAUUAUGGCUUACCACCUAUUUUUAACGGAGUUUUUGUAAACGAGUAAAUAGUGUUCUCGUGUGUGCGAUAGCUGUGAACUUAUGAUUGAUAAAGUUUCUCUCGGAUUCGUUUGUUUUAGGAACAAAACUCGUGCGGACUGAAAUAUGGGGCCGAUUAGAGAGAUUAUCAGGUCUCAUUCUUAAUAGAACAUUUAAGACAUAAUUCGCUAGCGCGAUCUUUCACAACGUCACCGAAAUAGGAUCGCGUGGCAUUGUGGGAAGCUAAUCGUCCCUCCUCUGCAAGAUUAAUUCGUCAUAUAUAUAUAAGGCUAUGAUAACCUUAUGCACGGUUUUUGUGCUUGUUUUCUUAGCAUCGGUCUGCCACAUGAUAAAGGUGAAUGUGCGAAAGGGGACAUCAUGAACAGCGUCCAGGCUUCUGGGCCCAACGCCUUUCAUUGGUCUCGUUGCAGCAGAGCAAAACUUCAGAAGAUCUUUACGUAGGUUCCAAACAACUUUCUAUCACUGCUAUUCGAAUCUGUUCAAUAUCUGGUUGACAAUAGAUUGCAGAUUUACCACAAAACUAGCACAUAAAAUUUUGGUCGUUUCUUGCCAGGUCACUCGCGUGUUUUCAGAACAAGCCUCCGAGGAGCCUUCCCAGCCCCUCUCUUCCGCCAGGAUACGUCAAUAACAUCGACAAGCAGUGUCAGCUUGCAUACGGGGAAGAAUAUAAAGCUUGUCCAUCGCUUAGAGUAAGUAUGGCAACGCGUUAUCGAAUGAAGACGAAACGACGUAGCAUCGGAAGUGAAGUCUACACAAGGGUAUAGUUAAAGCAAAACGAUCUCCAGCGGUUGUCAGCUCUUAACCUCCGAUAACUCUUACAUGCUGUGUGUAAUCCAGUGACAAAAAAGAUGGGUCACCUAACUCGUAAGCGCCAGUUUAAACGCAAAAUUUAAGGCUCGUAAAUGAAUGUUGAAGUCCAAGAAUGCUCUGGAAAAAACUUUGUGAGCGACAAGAAAUCUCUACUUCUAGUGUAUGGUUUGAUGUCCUACCAAAAUGGUCGCUAGCUUUCACAGCCCACACUGUUUUUCCUGUCGAUGUCGUCUCAGUGCACCGGUGUUGACGCAUGGUGUCAUCUUUGCUAUAGCUAAAGGCCAAAAAGUCUAAUAAAUAAAUAAAUAAAACUUAACGUGUAGGAGUGCUGUGGUUUUGUAUACCAAGUUAGAAACGUCCGCAAGCAUAAUCUCUCUUCUACAGGAGUCUUUUCUGUCACUCUAGGAAAGCUGCGGUGCUUUGUAUUGCUCAACUGGAGGCAGCUGUUACAGCAGAGGAGCUCCAGUUGCAGAGGGAACUGCAUGCGGGUAUAGAAAGGUACGUGUGGUGUAUUCUCAAAUAUGACAGAAACUUGAAAGACACUCAACAGUACGCUCGGAGCAUGACAUGCAAAACCUACCUUGUCUCAAGUAUAUAUACAAGCUUUCUUGGUUUUUUUAGUUUCAAAGUGGACUUAGUUCUAAAACAAGCCAAACCGCAAUAUAAUAAAUUUGAAACAGGCUCUCUUAUAGGAAUCCACUCUCCCCUCCUGUUCCUCUUUGCCUGUGGGGGCGUUACGCGCGAGGACAGACCCCGCCGGUUUAGGAGGACUGGCUGAGAAUGACAUGAAUUGGAAACGAGUUCCCUAAAACAUUUUUUCUUAUUAUUUUCUUUUCUUUUUUUUUUUAAGUGGUGCAUGGCAGGAACAUGCACACAGGUUGGAACUAGUCUACCUCCGCCAGUUGAUGGUAACUGGGGACCCUGGGGUUCAUACGGCGCAUGCACAAGGACGUGUGGUGGAGGGGUAAAAUACAGAAGUCGACAUUGUGACAAUCCAAGGCAAGCCCUAUGUGUUUUGGUAUUUUGUGUAUCGUAUUUAAGUUUAGAAAUUGUUUUAAGUGUCAACAAACUUAAUUUUAACAUGAGUGAUUUCUCUUAGGCCUCAUUACUUUGGCAAAGAUUGCAUAGGAUCAAGCAAAGGACAUUUUGAAAUUUGUAAAACGGAGGUUUGAAAAAGUUAAAUGUUGUUCGUUGAAAACAUUAACAAGGUUGAUCUAUAAAUCUGGUGAAGUGUAGCUAUUUUCCACGACAGCCAUUCUUGUAAUUUACACUUGUAAAGCUUAAUUGAAUUGAUUGCCGGUAGACCACUUCAUAACCAUGAACCAUCAAGUGUAGGGUCAUGAAAGGUUUGUAAAGUCAUUUCAUACCACUUGUUUCGCGGUUUUUUAUAUCACUAAACAGUGAUUAAAUGAUGUCAUGAACCUGUCCCAGUCUACUGCGCAAUUUUAUACCAGCACCCGAAGUUAUAUUUGACGAUGUUAGAAGGUUAAAGGUCACAGAAGCUGUUACCCGAACAUCAUGAAAAAUAUCUGGAACAUUCAAUUUUUGUAAUCAUUUCUUUAUUUCCAGGAAUGUGCUGUUGACCGUUUUCGACAGGAGCAGUGUGAGCAUCAUAACAGUGACACUAAGAAAUACCACGCCUACUACCCUUCAGGUAUUGAAAAAAGGCUAUUUAAUACAACUGAUGUACACAUUAUCAACGCGUUAUGCAUGAAUUUGACGUUACAUCCUAUGAACUUCUGUUUAGGGAUCUUAAGCCGGCCAAUGCUUAGAGGAUUUUCAGAGAAACAAAUCAAUCAGUCAAACGAUCAAACAACUUCCACAACCUUCAUUAAUUAAUUUUGUCUGCUCUUUAUUUUUUCUCCGGGAUUUGAACACAGACCAAGAUGGUAGCACGGGCAAGUUCUCUCACCAAUGCGCCACCUUGCCCACCACGCCCCCCCCCCCAUACCCAUACGUGAAUGAAGAUGCCAAAAAAUGCAGACUCUGCGUGAUAUUGUUAGGGUUUCGCUUCUGAUUAAUUACAUCUCAAGUGGCAAAAACAUUCUUUACCAUACAAAUAGCGCAAUACGAAAUCACGUUAGAUUCAAGAUGCGCAUUAUUCCGAUAUUCACCUUUAUUUAAUUUUUAUUUUAUUUUUGCAUUUCUUUAUUUACGGUUAUGUUUUCCUAAAAAUCCCUUUUGAAAUCAAUUUUGUUAGGAGCUCGCAAAUGCUUAUUAGCCUGUGCCUCUGGAAACAAGUGGAGUUUCUUUGGCAAUGUAAAGGAUGGUACAAGAUGUACACAAGACCCUCACGACUAUGACGUCUGUAUUGAUGGGAAAUGUCAGGUAAGUACAACAUUGUUUUUAUGAAGUCAUUCUGGGCACUUUCUUUAAAUUUGCAAUUAAGCUAAAAAGGAGUGGUCAAGUGAAUGUAUCGCCGCGGUUUAUAAACAAGUUUAGUUAACGAAUGUUGUAACCACUUUGAAACACGAUGUGAGUGUUUGGACCUAUACAAACACGAACUUCGAGUACAUUGGACGGUCAAAGAGUUCUGCUGGCAUCCAUCCCUGUUUUUCCGAGAAAAUCAGUGUGUAAAAACUCAACCGUGUUCUACAUUUUAAAACACUCUAUAUCUUAUUAAAUAAUAAUGAAUUUGUUUUCUUUUUUUCUUACACAUAAGUAAUACCAAGCUCGUAAAAAAGUUAAAUCAUCUUUUUAAUCAAAAUUUGACAUUCAGAUGGUUGGAUGCGAUAAAAAGCUGCUGUCCGGGAAACUGUUAGAUCGAUGCUUAAUUUGCGGAGGAGAUGGAAGUUCCUGUGUUCUGAUAAAAGGACUCUACAACAAGAACUAUCGAGUAUAUGGUAAGUUCAAAACGGCAUCAACAGUUUAAACAGUUAACAGGCACGGCAACAACUUCGACCAUUAAAUCCAGAUCGGAUUUAAACUGACGAAUUGGUUUUGUAAAUAUUAAACUAGCUGAGAGGUGAUAAGCUUAAGAAGCUCAUUGUUGUCCGCAAACAACAACAACAACAACAACAUCAAAGAUAAUGAUAAUGAUAAUAAUAAUAAUUAUCAAUUAUUCCACCAAUGCGAGUUGGAUAUGAGUUGGCUAAAAUCAUCUCAUAUCCAACGUAAGCGCGAGUGAAAUAAUUGUUUGAGUAAAAACCCCCACAAAAUAUCGAAAAUUCUUCCCGACAUUAUUUAUAAAAACAGCCGAUUUUCAGCUUGUUUUUAAUUUUGAGCAGACGCGUACAAAUACCAUAUUUGGAGACAAUGGUGUAAUAGCUCAUAUACCAUGAUCGCUAAGCCAAUCAGAGCUCAAGAAUUGCAUUUUCUAAUGAUUCAGUUUUUAAUAAUCACAUUUACUCGAUUUCUCAUUGUUAAGGUCGCUAUAAGGGAGACACCAUGUUCGUCAUACCCAAGGGUGCCACAAGAAUCUUCAUUAAAGAGAUCAGCAAGUCAUACAACUUUCUAAGUAUGUACAAUAAAUAUAUAGAUAAAUAAAUAAAUAAUUAAUUAGGGACUUGUCCUGUUAGCUAUAGGUAUUUUAUUGGCUUGCUCACAAUAUGCCUCGAUGCUUAUCACAUGCGCAGGAAGGCGAAAUAAUAAUUGAAAGGGAAGAAAAAAUAACGUUUGACUGUAUAUAACAACGAAUACCACUACUUGGUUAUGAGGCUUCAUUUAACUGGUUAGACCAUAAAAUUUCGUCCACAGAUUCAAAUUUAGAACUGAAUGCUUGAUAAUAAGUACCAUGUAGAAGUACUGCUGAAGAGAUCUCAGUUGAAUCUCUUUUGAUGUAAAUUCUUUCAAAUAAUUUUUAUUGUAUUGGCCACCAAUAUGGUGGCUAUGUUACCUAGUUGUAAAUAAGAAUUGAUUCCUCCGUCUCUUACGAAGGAUACGAAUAUGGUCUUCUAUCUCACGCAUUAUAGGUCUUGUGUCAAACUCAACUGGUAAAUAUUAUGUCCCAGUACCGAGCUGGACCAAAACAUUUAACGCUGCUGGAACAUCUAUUUAUCACUUCAUGAAAACAUACAAUGAUGCUGAAAUAAUAUCUGCCAGAGGACCAACGAAUGAGGCCCUUCAAGCAAAGGUGAUUUAAAAUAACGAACCAGAUCUCCACCAUAGAAAGCUUGCAAAAAGAAAGAAAGGACGAAGGAAAAAACCUCGAACUUUAAUAAUAAACGCUAUGAAGUUUAGGAACUUCAGGGAAGAAUAUACGGAUGGAGGUGAAGGUGUUAAAACAAGUGUCCUUGCACAACAACGUUUCUCCCCCUGCAUACAUUCCUUUUCACCUCGUAUAUAACCUGUGUUCAUCUGCACUAGACAGUGAAUUUCAUGAAAGAUAAAAUGGUGUAUCACCAGUAGUCGUCGGAGCACAACCCUCAACAAAAAAAAGAUAUUUAAACAAACAUAAGACGGAGUUAAAUUAAUCGAAAUUGCGCGAAGCGAUGCUAAAUUUCACCUACCGCGUCAUCAAAACGCAAAGACAUUGUUUACUGUGCACACUGAAAAAGGCAUUGUUUAAUUACCCACUUCUAAAAGGCGGUUUAAGUAUGGCUUCGUUGAAAUCACUAACAGCAUGUUUAAUUCUAGUUAAAGGAAUUGCUAUGUCAGCUCAUGGUGAAUUGAAUAGCCAUGGAUACAAGCCCACAUGCAUUUGACUAUCAACCGAGUCAAUGUAGGCAGUCAAAGUAGUAUAAUGUGGAUAAUUUGCGUCUCUUUCUCGAUCAGGUCUCUCAUUCUUUUUCAGGAUUAUAUUUACGUUGACUAUUUCACAGACUAGCGUAGCCGUCCAAUAUAGUGACAAAAAUAAAUGAAAUGAGAAACUUGUUAAUAGAAUAUAGGGAACGUUGACAGCGGUGGACUGUUUUGAUAGUUUAGGUUGUGGGCCUACCGCAGUACUCUACUGUCCUCUCGGUAAAAGAGGUUUUUGUUUCUUUUAGUUUGUCUAUUCUGGACACCACCGCAACCCAGGCAUUGAAUAUAGUUACUAUAUUCCGGGAAAUGGACCAAGAACGACCUUUGUUUGGAAGCAGAGGAAUGAAGGCAGCUGUAGUGCAACGUGUGCAGGAGGUGAGAAAUGAAUCAGCAUUUGGAAGAAAUUUCGCCAAUUUACUUUAUACUGUUUUUCUGAGCUUUAAAUUUUGUAAGAGAAGGAGAAAGAACACAAGAUCGCUAGUUUAAUGAACCAAAUAAAGUUAAUCGAAUAAUAAUUAACCAGUUCUUCCCCAAAGACCAUGGAGCGCUUUGAAUAAGACCGAUCACUGUUCACUUUGUUUUUCCACUCAGGCAUGUUAAGGCAUGGGUCACCUCUUAAUUUGCAUAAUUUGGCGAAGUGGUAUUUGAAAUGGAUUGUUUUGAUCAGUCGUCAUGAAACUUAGCAAACAGUUUCAGCUCGAUGGCCUUAACAAUAUGUGACAAAUUCAUUGUUGAAAUGUUAGUCACGUGACCUUCAAAUGAUCGUUAACGGUCAAAAUGUUCAAAUCAAAACGGGGGAAAGGAAAUGAAAGAGCAGCAAAAUUUUUAGGCACCAGUAUUUUUCCCAUGGCCUGGAUAUUAUGAAAUAGCCCUGCAUGUAUGCCAAAGUGGAGCAAGGAUUACGAAAUAGAUAAAAACAGGUCACGUGACUUAUAAAAGACUUUAAUAACUCUUAAUAAAAAUGCGUUAAUCCACCUUGCAAGGCUAAUUGACAUUCUAGACAGUUUGGCUGACAAUUUGAUGACAAGUAUUUUUUAGGCUGAGGUUUAACAACCUUGCCCCGUUUGAGAAAACAGGUUUUGCGACGUCAUGAUCCAAGGAAUGUCACGUGAUGCUUGGGAUGAGUUUUCCACAACUAUUUUAGUGAGAUAUAUCUUAUGAUAUCUUUGUGGAACCCUUUUAUUUGGAUCCUUCUGCGUCAUUAAAAAAGAUCUUUGCAUUCUCUGUGGGGGGUCUUUUAAGCCUUUCAACCUAUGCCUUAACUUGCCUGAGUAUUUUCCGUUCUUUAACAUUCACGUAACACCCCUUAGUUUUUUAGACAUUAAUGUGGUGGAAUGUAGGUUACUUUUUUUGGUUUAAUGCAAGUAACGUUUUCAUUUACCGAUCUCCAACAACCUUCGUCCCUGUUGGUUACUUUUGAAUGCCGUUAACCUAUUUUGUACUUGACAGAAAAUUAAGAUGGCGCUCACUUCACUUCCACAUAAUAUCGAAAGAUUUACUGUUUUAGUAUUCUUUGACAGUAUUUUAAAAUUAUUAUUGUAUUUUUCAAUUUGUCAGGAAAUCAACUAAUCAAGGUCACCUGUCAUCGUCAAGAUGACGAUACCCAAGUAACUCCAAUUUACUGCGACAAAAGCGUGAAGCCAAAGGAAUCUUUACCGUGUAAUAUGGCGCCAUGUCCCAAAGAGUAAGCUCUUGCUUUGCUUGCCACUUUACUCUAUAAUAUAAUGGCGCUUACUUAGAGGUAACUGCCAUAAAAUAUACUAAUGAAUGGUAUUGACAAUGUAUCGGAUUUUCACCACAUUUUUUCAUAUUUCAAUUGAAUGUACAAUUAAGAGAUUCGUUUUUCUACACCUUUUUCUCAGUAAAACAGUUAAAUUUGAUAAAAUCCAAUAUUUAGAUUCAUGCGUAUCCUCAGAUUUCAGCUUGGUGUCUGGAGCCCAUGUUCAAAGCAGUGUGGAGGUGGCCAGCAGCAUAGAAACUUGACAUGCGCACAAGUUGUCUCUAAGGACGUCACACGGGUUCUGCCUGAGUCAGAAUGCGCAAACCUACCAAGGCCUGCCGGGACACAGGGGUGUGGAAACAAAGAUUGCUUGCCAGAAUGGACAGUCGGAGAGUGGACUCAGGUUUGUAACGGGCCGGAAAGGGAGAGAGGCUAGGCACAACUUUCGCAAUUUCUUUUUGGCCUCAAAACGUUUCUAGUCGUAAAGUGUUGUGUUAAUUGUAGUUUGAUUACUUUAGCUACAAUCAAGAUUUUUCUCCAGAAGAAUAUCAUUAUAGGUAUUUAGCUUGAGGCAGAAAGAAUUAGGCCGCAUAUGAGUUCCAAAAACCCUCACUUUCAAAAUGAGGCCAAGUGCACAACUUUUAUUGUGAAAAAGAGUUUUCUUUGCAUGGGAAUGAAAAAUCCUUUCCAUAUCAAUGGCUGAGCACUUAUAAUACCCUCGUUUUGAUAUAGAGGCUCUAGGGGACACGGAAAUGGGUUGUUAACUCAUCCUCCCAAUAAGUACGUUUGUCUUGAGUAAACAGACACGUCGCGAAGCCACCACUGUUUUCUCUGUGAAUUGGUUGCAAAUUUCCUUCAACCAAUCAGAAGAUCAGGGUAGUGACGCGUCAUCAGCAUGGAAAUUCAGCGUUCGUUCUUCAAACGUCAUUUCGCUGGAAAAUCAGCGGUGGCAUCGCGAAAUGUUGACUGUUUUCAGCAGCCCAUAACCUGGAGCGAGCAACUCCCAUACUAGGCCUAUGUCACGGCUUUUUUACGGACCGGUUUAUUUUUAGACACAUUUUAGGGCAAUUUUUCCCGCGAAAAUGGAAUCGCCGCCACGUCUAUGAACGCAUUCGAAGUGUAGGAUAUCAAAAAGGGAAACGUGACGUCAUUAAAAUUUUUAGGUCUGUAGGUUUUGCUGACUGCUGUUUUCUAAGACUAGCCGUUCUCUACUAAUAUGUGCAUUUCAGUUGGUCAAGACUGCAGCUUAGAUUUUUAGAUAAUGCGAUGAUUUUAAAAGUAUCCAAAAUCAGUAUCAGCAUAAGUUGAGCAACCGCAGGUAAAGGUUAAGUACACCUAUAGCGGAGCCUCAUUGCUAAGACAAUUUGGUAAUCUAUCCAUCAGAGAAAUUUUGAGAGUCACGUGACGUAAGUCCGUUCGUCCGUCCGUCCGCACCACAGGACAACCAAUGUGAAAUCUCACACUUUUUAGCUACUGUGGAAGCCUGCAACCAUCGCUCAUCCAUGUUAAUUGUGGUCAAUUGAAAGCUGUCAAGUCAGUGUAUCCGCGGACCAGAAUCAGACGACAUAUUGUUUGAAGUAAAUUAUGAAUUUAUUAAAGAGAGCUUCGCUUUUAGCCUUUUCUAAACCUAUAUAUUAUUUCUAACCUCUGUAGUGUUCAGUACCCUGUGGUGGUGGUAAUACAACUCGUCAAGUGGAGUGUCGACAAACGUUUGCCAACGGAACAUGGAGUAACGUACCAGAUGACCAAUGUAAUGUUAGAAGCAAGAAACCACCCACAAGAAUGACAUGUAACUCAAUCGCUUGUUUUAAAUGGAGAGUCGAGUAUCCGUGCCUCAGUUGUGGAGGUAAUUUCAUUAACAUUAUGUUUGUGCUACAUCGUAUUAUCAGGGGCACCCAACGGCAAUUUUCGGUAAAAUAUCUGUUCGGAAGACGAUUUGAGAACUAGAAUUUUCGGAACAUUUGUUGUAAAAUUUCUUGCUUGCCUGCCUCUCCUAGGAUUUUCGAACAUCUACAAAACGGUAUAAUUACCCAUUUUAAUCGGAUAUUUACCCUAAAAAAGGCCACCUAGAAUUUUCGGGAGCCUUUUCCUGGCUGAAAUUUUCGAAAAGGAAAGUUUUGAUCCCUAUAAUUUUCGGAUCACUAGACUUUCAGCUAGGAAAUCCGAACAGAUGAAAAGUUUUUAGGGGAUAAAAAUAUGCCUAUAUCUACCGUUUAAAUACUAAAAUACGUUCAACAAUGCCAUGUUAAGUGGUUUUGAACUAUAUCCUCGUUGGGUGCCCCUGUAUUAUGUGUAGUUUGGCUUUCACAGGUGAUAAGACGGCUUUGUUCCAGGCCGAAUGUACGCCGAGAAUCACAUGUGUAUCAUUUGCUUUUCAGGGACGAAUUUCAGUUAUGUUCCCAUCGGUUGCUUCAAAGACAAGCACAACGGAAUAAGGCCUCUUCCAGAGAUGAUCGGAAAUCAUCGAAACAACAUCAACUGGUACCAUAUGACAGAAACAGUGAUGAAAUGCGCUAAGGACGCUUGGGCCAAGAACUACACUGUGUUUGGAGUUCAGUUUUACGGGGAAUGCUGGUCUGGAGCGUCAAGCUAUAAGACGUACGACAAAGACGGCCUUAAUAAAAUAGGGUGCUGGGAAGGAGUCGGAAUGGAGAGAAACAACUAUGUCUAUGCAUUUACAAGUAAGAGAAAAUAAGUUACGUCUGAUAUCCAAUACUAUUUUGAGUGAAAAAUGUGGGAGGAGGCCGCGCAAGCUGGCGAAGUGUUGCAGGGUUCUUAAGGUGCAAUACCAAGGAGGAAAACAAGGUUAAAAUGUGAAACAGCUUCUCAAGGCUGUUGGUCAAAUGAAGGGUCGGUAAAGAGGUCUGCAGUUAAACCGACAGGUGUCUUUCGCAAAGGCGUCCUUCCCACCCUUAAAAGUGCAUAUCCUACGAACGUCACAACUGAACGGUUUACACAGAGCCUGAAGAAGGAAAGUUAAUCUUAAUAUUUUUCUAUCAAAACACGUUGAUCCUAAAAUUGUUCAAGAGGAAUCCCUGACCAGCACUACUGGCCUCCACCAUGCACCCAAUACCCGUCUAUGGAGUCUUUUUCUGACUGUAUCGUGCCUAAGGUCGAAUUCCUCACGUUGCAAUAACAUUUGCCGAAAUUUAUAUAACACCGCGAAAAUGAUGAGCAACAUACUUCCGAUGUUUUUCUUUCUUCUUUAAAGGAUAGAUGUUUGUCAUUUCGUGUUAGCUGAUUAAACCCAUGAUUUACAAUUUUCAGACUUAGCAUCCAUGCCGUUGGUGCACUGCAUCUUCACCGCAUCCAAUCAACCAGUACAAGAGGACAAAUGCCCCGUGCCAAAACCUGACCCAAAAAUGAAACUGUGCACUGACGUAUGCAAGUCAUGA